AUGCGCGCCUCCACCUUCAUCGCCGCCGCCCUGCCGAUGGGCAUCUCUGCUCUGCCCGCGGGCACCAUUGUCGAGGGCCGUGGCCUCAUCAACGAUGUCAUCUGCAUCCCCUACAACAUCUAUGUCAACACUCUCCUCAACGACCCCAUCCUGGUCCCCUUCUGCCGCCAGUUCAUCAGCGUCCCCACCACCACCGUCACCAGCGUCGUCAAGAAGGCUGCCAACGCCGUGACUGUCACAUCCCCCGUCACGGUCAAUGGUGGCGGCCCCGUGACCAUCACCAACUCGGUCACCACGACUGUUGCUGCGGCCGCGGCCCAGGAUGUCACCAGCUAUGUCACCGUCUCGGUCACCAGCCCCACGGCCACCUCGGUCCUCUCCUGCCUCAACAGCGCGUACUCGGCUCCCACCAAGGGCAAGCGUGCCGUCCAGGUUACCACUGCGGCCGGUGCUCGCAAGCCCAAGCACACCAAGACCAAGGGCAUCAAGCCCACCACCCGUGCCGAGCUCGAGGUCUUUCACACUGCUCCCCCGCCGUCGAGGCGCGCUGACGAGGCCGGCGCUGCCCUGGUUCCCCGUCUCUUGAACCUGGUCGGAGGACUCCUGAGCCCGCUUGCACCGGCUCCUGCCCCUGCCCCGGCCCCGGCCCCGGCCCCGGCCCCGGCUCCCAACCAGGCGCUCACCAUUCCCCGCCCGGCCUACAUUCCCGCCACCAUCGCCGACAGUGUCAUCUCCAUCAUCUGCAGCUGCGCGGCCAUCCCCACCCAGACCACCACCGUCAGCGUGACCUCGGCUGCUGUCGCCGCGCUUGUGACCCUGUCCCCGACUACCACGAUCAACGCCGCCACCAGCAUCACCAUCACCAAGACCGUCACUGUGACAUCCGCCGCUGCCGCUGCCAAGACCGUGACCAGCACCACCACGACCACCGUCGGCUCCGUCGCCACCAGCAUCGCCGCCAACGGUCUCGCCUACAAGAAGUUCCAGAGCCCCUUCAACGGCGACUCGGCCAACGCCGGCUUCAACUCCAACUACUUCAAGUCCAAGACCCCCGACUUCACCGGCGUCUGGAGCGCGCUCAACUUCGCCACCUCUGCCUGGCCCUACUCGACCGACCUCACCCUCCAGCUCGACCAGCCGGUCGCCUUUGACGUCUCCCAGGCCGCCCUCCUGUUCCAGGGCUUCUUCGUCGCGCCCCAGUCCGGCAGCUACACCUUCUCCGUGCCCUCGGACACCAACGACAACUUUGCCGAGCUCUGGACCGGCUCCGCCGCGCUCUCCUGGGCCGACAACGCCGCCGCCUUCAAGGCCAGCCGCACGACCGGGGGCUCGACGCCCGGCUCCGCCACCGUGAACCUCAACGCCGGCGACGCCCUGCCCUUCAGCUACCUCUGGGCCAACGGCGGCGGUGCUGCCCGCAGCGCCUUCAACAUUGUCUUCCCCGACGGCAGCUCGCCCGCGGACUUCUCCAGCCUGUUCGUCCAGGCCUGCUCUGGCAGCGUCUUUUCUUCUUCUUCUUAG